UAGUUAAUCGAUUAAGAUAUCCGCCAUUUUGUGGAUUCUUGUUGAAAAGUGAAAAAUCGAGACGUCACAACACAAUAUACAUAAUCUUUAUUGUUUUUAUGCGUGAAUUGAAAAAUAUUCUAGUAAUAUCGGAGUUACCCAACCGUUUAUUUUGCUUUUGACCUACGGUUUGUUUCGGAGUCCUAUACGUACGCCCCAUUUUACUUGCUCAAAUAAGUACACAUAUUUCAAUGUGCAUGUGUUAAAGCCAAUAACUUGUUUGAUGGAUGCAUACCCAUCCGUAUAUAAUGGAAAUUUUAUCGGCACCUCUAAUGUCGUUCUCUUUGAAACAAACCAUAAUCAUGAAGUAAACGGCACAGUUUCCUUAUUAUAUUCAGAUGAAAAGAAUCGCAAUCGGAAGCAAAAGGAUAGAGUCAUGUCAUCAGUGAACUAUGGGUACCGCAUUAAAGUUAAAAAGCGAGCCAACACAGGAAGAGGCCAUCAAGCGGUUUUCACAACGGAUCACAAGCUUUCAAGGGAAAAUUAUAAGAUGUUGAGUUCCACAUGUGAUUCAAGUCAUCUGGGAAGCAGGUUCGCAUCAGUAUUAUCAAGCGUUCUGAUCCCGCAGACACCCGCAUCUUCAAGGAUCUGUGCUAAUAGAAAUGGCUACCACUUUCCGUGUCGUGUGAGCAGGAAAAGAAUCGAAGGACCUUUGAGCAUCAUUCUCUUCGAUUUGCUGGCUCUAAUUAUGCUUCAACGCCACCGUUUCUUUAUGUUGAUUAUGCUGCUAAUAGCCUCACAUCAUAUUUGCUUAUCGCAUUCGCUGCUAGUGGAGGAACCGAAGCUGACAUCCACUGAUGAGUCGUCCAGAAACAAUACAAUUUCCCGGGCAAAGCCAGUUGGACACGGACACGGAGGCAACGGCAGCUCGACUGGCAUUGGAGAAAGCCAUGCAAUUUCUGGUUCCUCUCCAGUUGCGGCCAGCGGUUAUUUGGAAAAAUUGGAUAAUUUUGAGCGUAGUGUGGCCGCCGUUCUAAUAAAGGUCGCUUACGGCACAACAUCUACAACGAAACGGAGCAUACCAGACAAUAGCUAUGCUUCAGGCCUAACUACAGUUGCUACACCACUCCUGACGACCCAGAGAUAUCAUUCGAUUCAUCAGCAACAGAGCACAAGUGGUCGUCAAAGAAACUACGAGCUAGACUUGGAGAGAGAUCAUGCACUUCCCACCUCUGCGCCCAAUGCUGACAUAUUGAAAAGUAACAAUAAUCCCACUUACCCCAAUCCAAAUCGUCACCACUCGCAUGACAGAGAUCGUCACCGUCACACAAUGCAGUAUAAUUCCACACCAGUGCCGUCAAUACCUAACCUAUUGAAAAAGACAAAUGGAGCUCAGUCCCCGACAAUACCAAUGUAUCCAGGCGAUAUUCCACUAUACUCGCCGCCGUCUCGAACUUUUUUUACGCCACCACUACCACGGGAAUAUCAAAACCCGUUUGCGGACAAGCCAACAUUACGCGGCUCAAAUAAUGAGGGCCAAAUUGCCAUUAAUAGACGACCCAUUCCACCUCCCAGCCUGAUGCCCAGCCAGGACAGGAUACCCAUUCGACCCCCUGAUUUGGGGAGCACCAGCAACGAGGCCAACGGCAUUUUGAUAGCAAAUGUAAGUUAUGAUAAUGGUGUGGAGAGCAAGAGUCCUGUUGUGUCCACAAGCACACAAGAUGCAGUGUUCGAUACGGUCGGACUUGAUCGCAAAAAAGCUCUUAAUACACCGGCCCGCCAGCCCGCCAGCAACGAAGAUUAUUUGAGUGAACAGAUUGGUUCAAAGAGACAAGGUGCACAGAACGUGGAUUACAGUGGCCCUAAUAAGAAGCAGGAGGUGCUGCCAAAUAUAAGACGCAUUCUCGGAUCAAAUGGUAAAAAAAGUGACAUUCCAGCAGUUCUAUUGAAGCAGGUAACUCCGAGACCGGUCACCAGCAUCCAUCACCCACCGUCCUCUCCAAUUGUUCUGAUCGAAAACUCUUCGGCAAACGAAGACAAUGCCGAAGACAAUGCCUCUGCCAGUCCAAACAUCAACCAAAGCAAACAUUUGUCAGGUCAGCUUGACUUCUACGAUAACUCAAACCAGUCCACAGUGACCACAUCGGCUGCUGCAGCUGCUAUUGGAGAUGUAGCCGCUACAUCGUUCUCAUACGCAACCACAAACGCUGGCCAAUCUGGGCAAAUGACAAGCAGGACGACUACUACAUUUGCUUCGACUAUUCAGGGCCAGGGUCAGGGUCCAAGCGGCGGGGCUCGCGACGAGGCUGCUUCUGCGGCAGCGGCAUCAGCACACACCACCUGGACUUGGGCCUGGAACAUACAUAUAUACCUGUCGGUGGUACUUUUCACAAUAUUAUCAGUGUACUCGCUCUACAAACUUCUCACUUAUAAUAAGCUAACACAUCUUUUCGCACAGUCGUAUUUUGUUUGCAUUCAUCUCAUACUAAUAACGAUUUGCAUAAUGCGGAUAUUUUUCCUCUGUUAUGAUGCGUACAAUAUCCAUGGAACCUUUAAUAUAUUUGUCGCAGAGCUCCUUCUGAAUCUACCUUCCACAUUUUUAACAGUUGCCUUUUCUGUGCUCAUUUUAUUCCUCUUUCUGAAGUCGUUGAAUCAUAAGAACAAUCGUUACUCGGCUUUGAUAAGACCCCUCACCGUCGUCGUGGGCUGCGGCGUUCACAUUGUACUCUGCAUUACGCUGCACUACGUCGAAUCGUAUACGCUGAAGAACCAUCACUUGUACUUCCAGCAACAGCAGCAACAGCAGUACUUUCGACGUCAGCAUUAUCAGCAAAGUCAAAUUUCUCCGACAAUCUCAUCAUCGGCAAGUCUGGCAAGUCCACCUCCACCGCCACGCGUCCUAACGCUCAUCUGUCAGAUUAUCUACAUAUUCAUAUGCCUCAGUCUGGGUUUUCUGUAUCUCUACUUAUAUCGAAUACUGAAGCGCAUCUUGCGCAGCAAGUCCCAGAACUAUAUACAUGGCUAUCAGAAUCUAUCGUACGCUAUACACAUCACUAUUGCCACGGCACUACUGUUUGUGCUACUGGCUGCUCUGCAGAUAUUUGGAGCCAUUUGCAUUUCGUCUUCGCGUCAAGCGAAUAUAGUCGAGGUGGAUUGGUUACAAUGGGGAUACCAGUUCUCCCUGCGACUUAUAGAGAUUGCGAUAAUAACCCUAAUAUCGUGGGUGACUGGCCUGAAGACUAGUAUCGAUCCAAAUUCACCAAACGUUCCAGCUGGCCUAAAUGGGGACGUGCGCAUCGUUGGCCCCGUGGUUUCCAUGGGUGCGUAUGGCCAAACUGGCGGCGGUAGCGCUGGCAAUGCAGUUAGGGAAAAGCAUGGUGGAAACGGCGGCCACAACUCAAAUGUUACAAACUUCUUUUUACCCUGUACAUCGAGCUCCAGUCAGGAGCAGUUUGAAACUGAUUAUCCGGCCAUUUGCAAUGCCAACACAAAUCUCCACACAUAUACCAUGCGGACGGGAAAACUCAUAUACGAUGACAGCUAUGCUCUCAAUCCUAUAGGGCCCAAUGCUGCAUCCCCGAGUGGGCGCAACUGCGAGUACCAGUUGCAGGAGCCGAUGUACCAGAGGCCGUAUGAUACCGGAUCAAUUAGAAGCGCUGUUAACCAUAAUAUAGCAGAGUAUGGAUCCCAAAGUGCACAAAACUAUCAUCAACAGCAGAAUCAGCACCAGCAUCAACAUCACAUGCGAGUUCAUGAACAGACCACUUACAUGAGUACGGACUAUAUGACUGAUGCUACAACAGAUCAUUAUGAAAACCCAAACUUUGAUUUACGUACGAGCUCAUCAGUUGUAGGGGUGGAAAAUAUCCAAAGACUAGACCAAAAUGUUGUUAAUUCUAAGCCUGGUUCUGGGUCUGGUUCGGGCUCUUCACAACAACAAAUUUUGUUAUUACAAAGCGACACAUGUUACUCGGAACCACUUGAGGAGAAUAACUCUAGAUUUGAAUUCAACAACUUCGAACGUCCCGUGUUUAAAGAGAAAUCUGUAAACAAUGUCCAACUGCAACCCAACAUUGAGUGCUGGCCGGAGCGUGAUCAUGACCGGCUCAAGAUAGCUAAAAGUCGGGAAAGAAAACUGAAUGCAUCGCUCGAACGUAACGGCUUUGAGAAUACCGAGCGUCGAAGUUCCAACUCAACAAACUCCUGCUCGUCAUCGAAUGGUGGGGGCGGGCGUUAUGCCAGCUAUAAUUCAUAUGAGCGUGGAUUUUUCAACGGUGUGCGCAAAAGCGGUACCUUGAACAGUAUUGUUAACGGAGGCAUGACAUUAGGAGGGCCUACGCCAAGUCGAGCUAUGGCUGUGCCAUUAUCUUCUGUUGGUGGCCAGCGAAUGAUAGCUAACGGAGUACAGACUUUAGCUCUCUCAGAGAGAGCCCACUAUUACCAGAGAAGUAAGCGCUCCUCCAACGGAAGGUCAUUACAAGCUGGUACAGACUUAACACCAUUUCAAGCUGAUCCGAUAAAUGGUAUUCCUCUUAAGGAACAUCAGCUUCAGCAGCUACCGUACGAUCGUAAUUCCGAAGAAGAAGAUGAGGAAGAGGACGACAUGACAUCGGGAAGCAAUGUGGAGUGCACAAACUUAAUUAGCAACGAGAAUGGUUUGGCCAUUUCGGGCGAAAUCAACACUCAAAACUCAAUUGGCAAUAACAAAUCGCAAGCUGCACUGGCUGCAAUCGCAAAAAAUCGUAUCCAUGACCCACAGUCGCAACACCCACAUUCACAUCAAAAUUCGAUCCUUCAACAUUCACAUCUGCAUGUACAAAAUAAUGGAAAGCUUCGUUCCGAAUUGAGUGCUACUUCGUCAGCUUCGGUUGCAUCAGCCUCAUCCAAUUCAUGCACGACAUCAAGUGCUUCGGACAGCAUGUUAGUGACCGAGCAAGGAUUUCUACGUUUUCGUUCUAUUGAAGAUCCCAAUAAUUCGCAAAAUAACUCAAUUCCAGAUGGAAGCGUUAGCAGUGUCGCUGUGUCGUCUCUUCGCCAUCCAAGUUGCAGUGCAACCCUAAAUGGCAUCAAUUGCUAAAGCAAUCAUUUUUUUAUUCAUACGUAUGUAUGUACAUGCUACGUAGCUUUGAAUGCCAUAACGAUAAUUGUCUUGUUUCGGUUAAAAGCAAUUGAAAGCAAAUCUGUUUUAAUUGCUGGUUUAUGCCAAUAGUAGUUAAAUCACCACUUUCUACUCUCUUCAAACUUGUGAUAUACAUAUAACAAACAACUAGCAAAACAAAACAAAAAAAUUAUAUAUAUAUAUAUAUAUACAAAAUAUUGUCAGUCGGUAAAGCAUAAAGUUAUUUACGAUCCAAUACAUUAUAGCAUAUGUACGUAUUUAAUAUACAUAUAUCAGUCUUAUUUAUUUCAUAAAAUUCCUAAUUUAGAAUCAAAACUUAUAUAAACAAUUUCUAUCCAUGCACGGAUAGCAUCACAUGCAUUUCAAACACCGUAUAAAUAUGUAAUUCACGAAACAGUAUACCUUACAGAUUUCAAUUCAUAGUAGCGAGAUCUGUUCUAUUUCGGCGGCCCCAAUCAUUUGAUGUACAUAUUAAAUAUGUAUGUAAAUAUUCAGAAACCAGCAACUUUCAAAGCAUUAGAAAUAUCAUUUCUAUUUCGUAAUUUUCCUUAUUGUACUUAUUUUGUUUAGCGUUAAUGUAUUUGAAAGUCUAUACAGGCGUUCUUGCGUUGUACAUAUAUAUUAUAUUACAUUUUGGGGUUCCAUUAGCCAUUGAUAUUAAAUAAGACAAAGAUUUGUAUUUAUCUACUUUUAUUUACAUAAAGACUUAUUUAUCCCUUAAAUUCAGUUCCGCACGAUCCUUUUUUAUUAAUCCCUUUUAUCAUUAAUGUUUUUCUUUUGACAUUCAAUAUAUGUACAAAUAUUUAGACAAACAUAAACAAAAACAUCCUCUGCAAGGGCAAUACAACUUGAAAUUGAACUUAAAUAAAAUCUUUCCCGUGAAUGGAAGAAUUAAUGAAAAAUUGGCUUAGGCCUAAAAUAACUCCUACAUAAAGAAAAAAAAAACAGGGCUUUUGCUUUCUUGGCCUUGCUAAGUGCUCAGCAAAUUGAAUUUUGACUAUGUUGUAGAAAAUGAUUUCAUUCAAAUUAAGAUUAAAAUUUAAACUAAGAAAUAUACACAAAACUAAUGCUUUUACGAAAAUAAGUAAUUAAUAGCCUGUUAUAAUGACACGUUAAUAUACAUAGUACUGAUUAGUUAAGGCUUUUGCAUUUUCUAAUGUUAAAUUGAUCAAACAUAAAUGUAUUCUUAACUAACUUAUACUGCUCUAUUAAGUACGAUCAAUUUGAGAACUUAAGGAAAAGGUUAUAGUAUUAAUCAGACUAUGCACACUAAGCACUACACCAACACAUCAAAAAUAAUUAUAUGGUUAGAAUACCAUUAAUUAAUUUCCAUCAUAAUACAAAUUAAAUAUGUAUACUUAUAAUUCAAUCAUGUAUAUGAACAAAUU